GUGUGUGUGAGAGAGAGAGAGAGAGCAGACACACACACACACACAGGAGAAACCAGGAGCCAUGUUGGCCCUGAUGGCUGCCGGCUCCGUCUUCUUCCCUGGGCUCUUCGUGCUGUCCAAAGAGACUCUGAAACACCUGAUGAGAUGGAGCGAAGGGGACGCUGCUGUUGUGUCUACACGUCUGGUGUCGUCCAUCCAAGCCAUCAUGGCCUCAUCAGCCGGAUGCAUCAUCGCCUCUUCCUGCAGGGACAUCAUGGAGGACAGACAUUGGCUGACAGACGCCUACAUCCUGUUUGCCACGCCUUACUUUGCCUACGACAUCUACGCCAUGUUCCUGUGUUACCGGCACAGGCUGCAGGUCAAAGGUCACGAGGAGGAGGAGGAGGGCGGGGUCAGCUCGACGGGAGCCGCCGUGGUGGGUUACCUGCGCAGAGAGUCGCUCAUGGUGCUGCAUCACGUUUUCGUCGUCGCCUUCUGCUUCCCCGCCUCUCUGCUGUGGAGACAGGGUAAAGGAGAUUUCUUCCAAGGCGUUUUGUUUCUGGCUGAGCUCAGCACGCCGUUCGUCUGUCUGGGGAAAGUCCUGAUUCAGUACCAGAAGCAGCACACUCUGCUGCACAAAGUCAACGGAGGCCUGAUGCUGCUCACCUUCUUCGGCUGUCGGGUCUUACUCUUCCCCUACCUGUACUACGCCUACAGCAGGUACGCGUCGAUCCCGGUGCACGCGGUGCCCCUGGUGGCCCCGUGGCAGUGUAACCUGGGGGCCGCCCUGCUCUGGCCCCUCCAGCUCUACUGGUUCACGCUGAUCUGCCGAGGAGCUCUCCGCCACAUCACCGCACGACGUUUUAAAGCCGGUUGUGACGGCUGCGGGAAGACCGGAAGUGGCUUCAAAGAAAGAGGAGCGGACAGGUGACUGACGCUGCAGAGGUUCGGUUCACCACAGACCAAAACAAAGGACGGACGCUUGUCCUCAUUGAAGGCAAAACUCAGAGGGUCUGAAGGGAGGCGACAGUCCGAGAAAGACUGACUCAUGGCUGACGAGAAGAGAGCGGCUGGUUCUGAUCAGGGUGAUCGAUCCCGAGCGAGUUUGAUCAGGUGGAGCGGCAGGGUGGGAUUUCAGUCGUCUUUGACUGAUUUACGUUGUGUUUUUUAAUUUUAACUAUUCACUCAUUUGUGGCUAAUUAGUUAAUGAUUUUCUUUAUAUUUCCCAUUAAAUAAUAAAUAACUUUAAUUUGGUCUGUUUAUUUACGAUUAUUAAAUUAACUAGUAAUGAAAUGUAUUAAUGGCAGUUUUUAUUGUUCAGUAAGUCAUUAAUUAAUAUUUCUGUGACACGUCUCAGCUAAAUAAAAUCACGCCAAUGUGAUCACAGAAAUGUAAAUGUAAAAAUCAACAUAUUUUCAAAGUGGAAUCUGAACACAACGUCGACUCUUUCGAUUGGUUCAGCUGAUUAACUCAAAUUAUAAGCAGUAAUCAUCUCAGGCCUGCAGGUUCCUCAAGAUGACAACAGUUAUGUGUUGUUGUU